GCAUCGGUAGCUUAGGACAUUGCAAGAAGAAGAAAAAUAUUUGUGUUUCGUUUUUAUUGGGAAGUUGUUUUCAUUUUGUCUUUGAGUACCAGGAAAAUUUAUAACUUUUCUUUGUUAUUCAAACUGUACGCUUUCUGAAUUCGUUAAUUGUGUAUUGGAUUAAUUGAUAAAGGAUGUUCAACACUCCAAUUAAUCAGGCCCAUAAACUGCGUCAUCAAGCCGAAGUUUUUCAGAAAUUCAAAGAGUAUGAUCAAAGUAUUACUUGUCACCAGAAAUCGGCUGAAUACUUUGCAAAGGCUCGUGAUAUUACCACAAAUAAAGCAGCUAAGGAAUCCAUCACCUAUCAGAUGGAACAUGCCCUAAAACAAAUUAGGGUGAUAGACAUGAAGAAAAAGAAGGAUGAAAUAGAAAAUUCCAAGAAUUACAAUGAAACAAAAAACAAUAAUGGAGAUCUAGAUAGUCUCAAAGAUAUUAUAUAUAGGAAUAUCGAGGUUCAUGAUUCCUUAAUAAGUUAUCUUGGAAAUAAAGAGAACAGCAACGGGAGCCUUAAAUCCUACCCUGUAAGUCACGCUGAAAAAAGUGGAUCCAGUUCAACUCAAAUUAUCUGCAACGUACAUCCCAAAAGUGAUACCCAAAUAAUUGAGGAGUUGACUGUUCUCAGUGGACAUUACAGAGAUGCAGUACUGAAUCUGGUGGUACAGUUAGAAGAUCGUAAUAAGGAAAUUGUUAAAUUGAAAGAUAUCAUAAAAACACUUGAGAAAGAAAAACAGAAAGGUACUGAAAAUCAAAAUUGAGUUUUUCAAUUUUGUAAUUAUAUGAAUCAUCAUUCAUUUUCAUGUUUCAUUACUGUUAGGUCAAAUGAAAAUUAAGUCCUUAUUCUCUAAGGAUGACUUACAAUUUUACAGCAGCUUUGAAUAAAGUUAAGAUAAGAUGAUGAAGUAA